UCACGUAAGGAUACUUGGACUCUAAUGUUCGAUGGCCCACUUAAAUUGAAAUUAUUGGGCCUCCUCCUCUUUAAAAGGUGAUGGAUGUUCAUGAAUCAUGACUGUGACACCAACUACCACACUCGAUCAUAGGUUUUGAUCAUCAGUGUUCAGUUUUGUGACCCAUGGCAACAGUACAAUUUAUCAUCGCUAAUGGUGGUGCUGGGGAAGCUAGCUACGCAAACAAUUCCUCAUUUCAAAGUAAGAUGAUAUCAAAAGUGAAACCCAUCCUGGAAGAUAGUAUGAGGAGCCUGUAUUGCAACUCUGUCCCAAGCUGUUUCAAAGUGGCUGACUUGGGUUGCUCUUCAGGACCAAAUGCACUUCAAGUGGUGCAUGAUAUAAUUGAUGCUGUUCAUAACAUAAGUGCCACCUUUAAUCUUGAGCCACCCACAUUCCAAAUUUUCCUCAAUGACCAAUUUCGAAACGAUUUCAACAACAUCUUUGAGUCCCUACCUUCCUUCUAUGAGAGGCUACGAGAAGAGAAGGGAGAGAAAUUUAGUACUUCAUGUUUCGUUAAUGCAACACCUGGAAGCUUUUAUGGGAGACUCUUCCCAACCAAUUCCAUGCACUUUUUUCAUUCUUCCACCAGUCUUCAUUGGCUCUCUCAGGCUCCAAAGGGGUUGGCUAAGGGAACAGGAUUGGUUAACAAGGGAAACAUUUACUUCACAAGCACAAGCCCAUCUUCAGUGUACCAAGCAUACCUUGAACAGUUUAGUGAAGAUUUCAAUCUGUUUAUAAAAUCACGUGCUGAAGAAUUAGUGAGUGGUGGUGGUAUGAUUCUAACAUUUGUUGGUAGAGAUGAAACUUGUGAAAUAAUCACUCCUUGGGGACUAAUUGGUUUGGUACUCAAUGACAUGGUUUCGGAGAGUUUGAUUGAAGAGGCGAAGUUGGAGUCAGUUAAUAUGCCAAGAUUUGGUCCUACAGCUAAGGAAGUUAAAGAAUUGAUUGAGGCAGAAGGGUCUUUUACUCUGCAGAAGAUGGAGAGUUUCAAGUCACGUUGGGAUGAGGGGUUGAAGGAGAAUGGUAAUGAUGUUUUAGAUAGAAAUGUGAGAGCUAAUUUCAUAGCCAAAUACGUGAGAGCUACUACUGAACCUUUACUGACGGCAUGGUUUGGAGAAGGAAUAAUUCAUGAAUUGUUCCUUAGAUUCAGAAAGAAGGUUGCUGACCUGUUGGAAGAACAGAUAUUAGAGCAUGCUUAUCUGGUCAUGUUUAUGACAUGCUUCACAGCAUCAGCAAUGGCAACUGAGCAAGUCCUUCACAUGAAUGGAGGUGUGGGAGAAACAAGCUAUGCAAACAACUCCACAUUUCAAAGAAAAGUGAUGUUGAUCACCAAACACAUCCUUGAAGAUAGCAUAAUGAGGCUGUACUGCUCCACUCUUCCAAACUGUUUGAAAGUGGCUGAUUUGGGUUGCUCAUCAGGUCCAAAUGCACUGCUAGUCGCAUCUAACGUCAUCAACGUUGUUCAUCCUUUGAGUCAAACCUUGAAUCGUGACCCACCCAUGUUUCAGUUUUUCCUCAAUGACCUAUUUGGAAACGAUUUCAAUACCAUCUUUAAGUCACUUCCCGAAUUUUACAAGAGAAUGCAAGAAGAGAAGGGAGACAAUUUUGGUCCAUGUUUCUUUAGUGGAACACCUGGAUCAUUCUAUGGGAGGCUAUUUCCCAAUGAUUCCAUUCAUUUCUUUCAUUCCUCCUAUAGUCUACAUUGGCUUUCUAAGAUUCCAGAUGAGUUGACAGAGGGUGCAGAACCAAUAAACAAAGGGGCCAUUUAUCUAACAAGGGCAAGCCCUCCAGCAGUGCACAAAGCAUACUUUGCACAGUUUCAAGAAGACUUCAAAUUCUUCUUGAGAUCACGUUCCAGUGAAAUUCUUCCUGGUGGUGCUAUGGUCCUAACAUUCAUUGGCAGAGAUGAACACAAUGAACUAAUAAAUGCUUGGGUUGUCAUUGGUAUGGCACUUAAUGACAUGGCUGCAGAGAAAUUGAUAGAGCAGAAAAAAUUGGACUCGUUUAACAUACCAUCAUAUUGUCCUACGGCUGAGGAGAUUAGAGAAAUAAUUGAGGAAGAAGGGUCUUUUGAUAUUCAGAGAUUGGAAACAAUCAGAACGGAUUGGGUGAAGAACAUCAAUGUGAGUGAUGAUGAGUCUCUUAUUGAUGAAAAGGCAGUAGCAAAGGACAUAAGGGCUGUUGCUGAACCAAUUUUGAAGUCAGAGUUUGGGGAAGAAAUCAUGGAUAAAUUGUUCUGCAGGUUCAAGAACUAUAUUGUCCAACUUUAUGGUGUGGAGAAAUUGGAGCUCCCUAAUCUAGUCAUGCACAUCACCAAGAGUAAUUGAAGAUGAAGUCUUCAUGAAUAUAUAAGAUAUUCAAAAAA